AUGGAGUGUGGUGGAAGCUCGGAACUGUAUAGUAUGUGGGCAUUUGGGUCAUCGGCCACACAGGCGGGGUUUUAUUGCGAGCAGACGAAACACGAGUGGGUGGACGAGGGGCAUCUAAAUAGUACGAAGACUGACUGCCCCUGUUGGCUUUUGGGGCUCAGUGACGAGGUCCUGAUGCUGGUUCUGGAGCUGCUUGAUCCUAUUGCAUUGCUCAUGGCUGGAGGAACCUGCACUAAACUAUACGGCAUCUGCAGCACUGACAGCCUAUGGGCCAAGCACUGCAGGGUUACAUUUGGAUCAGCAUUCAGAAAUAACUGCAUGGACUACACUCCAAAAGAAGCAUAUAAGCUUUUGUUUGUGUGGGGAAAGCUGUAUAAAACCCUGCCUUACAACAGACAGCUGCAAGAUUUAUUAUUUUCGGGUAUUCCACCACAAAAAUAUUGGGUACAGUGGCUUGCUUUAGAAGAAAUGAUUCCUCUUCCACCCAUCCAUCUUUCUGCUAAAGAAAUUGAAGAGAUUUGGGGCAUUAAGAAAGAGCUGCUAGAUGAAAAGCAUAAAGAAUCGGACCACCCUUCUUUCAAAUAUGAAUGGAGGGAACUACACAACCUGGCUUUACAGUACCAUGGAGAAUAUUCCAAAAUACAGUCACAUGUACUCCAGAAGAUGAGCUCUGAAAGUCAUAGUGAGCUGGAGUGGCUGUAUUGCCAGUAUCAAAAAUUUCGGUUUCAAUGGUUGUUUUCGUAUUGGUUAUUUGGCCUCUCAAAGUCCUGUGCAAGACAGCUUCAGAGGAUUUACUUGUGGUGGAAAAGACACAACAAAAGUAAGGUGCCCUGCUGGGGUGCCAGGAACUGUGACGUCAAGUACCUUGCAUCUCUCCAUUACAUCACAAGCGACUACUGGAAUGGAAAGUUGGCCAAUGGGGAUGAAAAUAUAGGUAUUCAAACUGUAGAAAACUAUUUUUCUAUGUGCAAGUCCCUUCUUGCAUGGAUUCUGGGCCGCAAAUGGGGAAGACACAAACAGAAAAAGGUAUACACGGACACCUUAGAUGGUGUUUAUCGAAUGCUAAAGGCAGAAAUGCACAUCUCCCUGAUAACUCAUGAGCAGUUUUGGAUGGCAGCAAAAGUCCAGAUGCUAAGAGUAUGUAGACUUGAAAGUACUGCAGGCAACUAUGUUAACUGGAGACUGAUUGAUUCCCUGCCCUGCUACAGGUUGUAUAUGAUGACUGGUGAUCAGUUCUACUUGAAACAAAUAAACAGUUUCUUAAUACGGAAACAACUUAUUAAAAACUGGGUGUACCAGGAAGAGAAUUUAUGGGUGAGAAAUCUUCUACCAGAUGGAGUCUUUCAGCUACUAGAAUAUGAUACAAAAAUAUUUGAAGAGUGGUUACAUGGUGAUACUGCGGCUGCACAAAUCAGCAGACUCAUCUGGCUCUACCUACACUCUGGUCAGCAGCUGUACAUGGAAGCUUUGAAAGGAUUAGUCUAUGAAUGUGCUUAUAUGAAUUAUGUAUCUCAAAUCUUUGAGAGUAGCAACAUAGUUUUAUCUUUUUAACCAGGUUUUAUUUUUUUAAACUUUGUAUAUAAGAAGAAAAGGUUUUUUUUUUUUUUUUAAGUGUUUUUACAUUGAUUGCACACUCUUGCA